AUAGAAGCAGCAAGCUCUCUGCCGCCUGCGACUAACUGAGGCCAAAGGCACGCAUCCCCGCCGCGGCUAGCAGCCAAAUCUCGUGUGCGCCCCCGCACCGCGGGAACUUGUCGCCCGCCUCUCUUCACUCCGCGCCCCUAACGCAGCGUCCUGCGCGCAUGCGCAGCGCGCCUUCCUUCGCCGCCGCGCCUUCAGCUGCCGUGGUUACGGUUGGUGUUUGCGAAUUCCCUGCAGCACCUUCUUCGCUGGAGACCAGCGCCGCGGGGCUCUAGCCGCAGUUCCUUACGCGCGCGGCCGCGUCACGUGGUGCGAGGCUGCCUCGCGGUUGCUGGCGGGCGGCUUAGCGGUGAGGAAGGAGCUGGGGCCACCGCUCGCCUCUCCCACUGCGCCCUAGGGCGGGUGCGCGGAUAAAUAUGGCGAAGUGGGGGUAGCUGGCUCUGAACCCUACGCGAUGGGGCGCGCAGGUGGGACGGUCGUCGGAGCCCCCUGACGUGGACGCCGGGCUGUUCUCGUUGGCUAUUUGACGGGGCGACCUCGGGCCGGCGCCCGAUAGGUCAGACCACGGACUCCGCGGGUCGUCGAGGGCCCCGCCGAGAGCCGGAGGCAAUGGAUGAACAGAGCGUGGAGAGCAUUGCUGAGGUUUUCCGAUGCUUCAUUUGUAUGGAGAAGUUGCGGGAUGCACGCCUAUGUCCUCAUUGCUCUAAGCUUUGUUGUUUCAGCUGUAUCAGGCGCUGGCUAACUGAACAGAGAGCUCAAUGCCCUCAUUGCCGUGCUCCACUCCAGCUGCGAGAACUAGUAAACUGUCGUUGGGCAGAAGAAGUAACACAGCAGCUUGAUACUCUUCAACUCUGCAGCCUUACCAAACAUGAAGAAAAUGAAAAGGACAAAUGUGAAAAUCACCAUGAAAAACUUAGUGUAUUUUGCUGGACUUGUAAGAAGUGUAUCUGCCAUCAAUGUGCACUUUGGGGAGGAAUGCAUGGUGGACAUACCUUUAAACCUUUGGCAGAAAUUUAUGAGCAGCAUGUUACUAAAGUGAAUGAAGAGGUAGCUAAACUUCGUCGGCGUCUCAUGGAACUGAUCAGCCUAGUUCAAGAAGUGGAAAGAAAUGUGGAAGCUGUUCGAAAUGCAAAAGAUGAGCGUGUUCGGGAAAUUAGGAAUGCAGUGGAAAUGAUGAUUGCACGGUUAGACACACAGCUGAAGAAUAAACUCAUAACACUAAUGGGUCAGAAGACAUCUCUAACACAGGAAACAGAGCUCUUGGAAUCCUUACUUCAGGAGGUAGAGCACCAGUUGCGGUCUUGUAGUAAGAGUGAGUUGAUAUCUAAGAGCUCAGAGAUCCUCAUGAUGUUUCAGCAAGUUCAUCGAAAGCCCAUGGCAUCCUUUGUUACCACUCCUGUUCCACCAGACUUUACCAGUGAAUUAGUACCAUCUUAUGAUUCAGCAACUUUUGUUUUAGAGAAUUUCAGCACUUUGCGUCAGAGAGCAGACCCUGUUUACAGUCCACCUCUUCAAGUUUCAGGACUUUGUUGGAGGUUAAAAGUUUACCCAGAUGGAAAUGGAGUUGUUCGUGGUUACUACUUAUCUGUGUUUCUGGAACUAUCAGCUGGCUUACCUGAAACGUCCAAAUACGAAUAUCGUGUAGAGAUGGUUCAUCAGUCCUGCAAUGAUCCUACCAAAAAUAUCAUUCGAGAAUUUGCAUCUGACUUUGAAGUUGGAGAGUGCUGGGGUUAUAAUAGAUUUUUCCGUUUAGAUUUACUUGCAAAUGAAGGAUACUUGAAUCGACAAAAUGAUACAGUGAUUUUAAGGUUUCAGGUUCGUUCACCAACUUUCUUUCAAAAAUGCCGGGACCAGCAUUGGUAUAUUACUCAAUUGGAAGCUGCACAAGCCAGCUACAUCCAACAAAUAAAUAACCUUAAAGAGAGACUUACUAUUGAGUUGUCUCGAACUCAGAAAUCAAGAGAUUUGUCACCACCAGAUAAUCAUCUUAGCCCCCAAAAUGAUGAUACUCCUGAGACACGUGCUAAGAAGUCUGUGUCAUGCACUGAUAUGCUUCUCCAGGAUGGUCCUACUACAGCUGCUACAAGAGAGGUCAAAGAGGAUGAAGAAGAGGAAGAGAAGAUUCAGAAUGAAGAUUAUCAUCAUGAACUCUCUGAUGGAGAUCUGGAUCUGGAUCUUGUUGGGGAAGACGAAGUGAAUCACCUUGAUGGCAGCAGUUCCUCUGCCAGUUCCACAGCAACAAGUAACACAGAAGAAAAUGACAUUGAUGAAGAAACUAUGUCUGGAGAAAAUGAUGUGGAAUACAACAACAUGGAAUUAGAAGAGGGAGAACUUAUGGAAGAUGCAGCUGAUGUAGGACCAUCAGGUAGUAACCAUGGCUACGUGGGUGCCAGCAGCAGAAUGUCAAGAAGAGCACAUUUAUGCUCUGCUGCUACCAGUAGUUUAUUAGACAUUGAUCCAUUAAUUUUAAUACAUUUGUUGGACCUUAAGGACCGGAGUAGUAUGGAAAAUUUGUGGGGCUUACAGCCUCGCCCACCUGCUUCACUUUUGCAGCCCACAGCCUCAUAUUCUCGAAAAGAUAAAGACCAAAGGAAGCAGCAGGCAAUGUGGCGAGUUCCCUCUGAUUUAAAGAUGCUAAAAAGACUCAAAACUCAGAUGGCUGAAGUUCGAUGUAUGAAAACUGAUGUAAAGAAUACGCUUUCAGAAAUCAAAGGUAGCAGUGCUGCUUCUGGAGACAUGCAGGCAAGCCUUUUUUCUACUGACCAGGCUCUGGCUGCUUGUGGAACUGAAAACUCUGGCAGAUUACAGGAUUUGGGAAUGGAGCUCUUGGCAAAGUCAUCAGUUGCUGGUUGUUACAUACGAAACUCCGCAAAUAAGAAGAGUAAUUCACCCAAGCCAGCUCGGUCCGGUAUAGCAGGUAGUCUGUCACUUAGAAGAGCAAUAGACUCUGGGGAAAAUAGCCGUUCGAAGGGAGACUGUCAAACUCUAUCCGAAGGCUCCCCAGGAAGCUCUCAGUCUGGGAGCAGGCACAGUUCUCCCCGAGCCUUAACACAUGGCACCAUCAGUGAUAUUUUGCCGAAAUCUGAAGACCGGCAGUGUCAAGCUUUGGAUUCGGAUGCUGUUGUGGUUGCAGUUGUCAAUGGUUUACCUGCUGUUGAGAAGAGGAGGAAAAUGGUCACCUUGGGGUUGUUUUCUCCCUUGAGGGCUAAUGCUAAAGGAGGUCGUCUGGAAGGAAUGCAAAUGACUGAUUUGGAAAAUAAUUCUGAAACUGGGGAAUUACAACCUGUACUACCUGAAGGAGCUUCAGCUGCGCCUGAGGAAGGGAUGAGUAGUGACAGCGAUAUUGAAUGUGACACUGAGAACGAGGAGCAGGAAGAGCACGCCAGCGUGGGAGGGUUCGACGACUCUUACAUGGCGCAGCCCCCAGAUGAAGGUGCAGCACCUGGUCUCCUUUUACAGAGAUUAAUAAAAGAUACGCAUUCCAGUUUUCCUGAUGGUGACCAAAUAGGCCCUGAAGACCUCAGCUUUAAUACUGACGGAAGCGGCGGAAGAUAAUGUGAUCUGAAACUGACACUGCACCUGAUGGGUUGUUAACAAGAUCUAGGCUUCAGAAAAUGACAGAUGUGAGUGAGGUCCGUGUAUGGGGGUCAAACAUCAGGUUGGUGAAAAGAUUCUGGUGAAAAGAGCCACGUUUAUUCCCUCCUCAGCCACAUGUCACAGGACUUGAGAAAAAGAAUAAAUGACUUCAAAAUCAAGAGAAAUACUGAAAAUCUCCACUUAUAUCCAAAUUGUUAAAAAUAAAAUCUACAUAUUAAUCUGA